AAAAAGAUGAUAAACAGUCAUGGCGGAUUCACAACAAGGAGUAGACGUGCCUGGUGUUGUUAACGGUAAUAAUUCCGAUUCAAGAGAACAUGUUUACCUUCAGGAAACGUUUUAUAUUCUCUCCAAAAAGAAUUCAGUGUUUCGAGUUAGACUUACAUCAAAAGGGCUAUCUUUGAUAAAGGAAACUGAUGGUAGCUCAAAAGAGCAAACGAUAUUACUACGAGAUAUCGUCGGAAGCAAAUGCAUGAGGAGCAAAAGACGUCGUCCCGGUGCAGGAUCUUGUGUCUGCAGUUCGCUCGUAAGGCCCGACCAGCUAAAAGUUGUGGACGAGAACAGCGGAGAUCUAGACGAAAAUGAUAUUAGCGCAUAUCUCUAUAUUUAUGCUUACAUCUUGAAACACAGUCGUCGUACCCAGAAACGAGAGCGUACUACAAUAACAUUGCGUUUCAGAUCGUACGAUAAGUAUGAAGAUAACAAUAAAGAAGCGCAAAAGUGGAGAGCUACUUUGAAGUGUUUGAUUGGGGGACAUCCAGUUACAUACACGCCGCCUAUAAACGAGAAGAAGUUGUUGGUUCUCUUGAAUCCAAAAUCCGGGACCGGGAAAGCUAGAGAGUUGUUCCAAACGAAAGUGGCACCGAUAUUGCAGGAGGCAGAGGUCCCCUACGAUUUACACGUGACAAAAUACGCUCAAUACGCGCGGGAGUUUGUCAGAACAAGGAAUAUCUAUUCUUGGCGGGGAAUCGUCGCUGUGGGUGGCGAUGGAGUCCUCUUCGAGGUCCUUAACGGGAUGUUCGAACGACUGGACUGGCAACAGGCCCUGUCUGAAGUACCUUUGGCUAUUGUACCAUGUGGAUCUGGCAAUGGAUUGGCAAAAACAAUUUGUCAUCAGUUCAAUGAACCGUACAUACAACAAAACCUCAUCGGACUAUCCAUGGCGUUAGCAAGAGGCAAAACCACGCCGCUCGAUGUCGUCAGGAUUGAGACAAAGACAAAAAUCAUGUUCUCCUUCCUGACCGUCGGCUGGGGACUGGUGUCGGACAUCGAUAUAGAAAGCGAAAGGAUACGAGCUCUUGGCGGCCAGAGGUUCGCCCUGUACGCGCUCGCCAGGAUACUCGGCCUUAGGAAGUACAAAGGUGUCGUGAGCUACGCGAGGAUCAAGGACCUGAGCAAUCUCCCUAAGCCGAAAAUGCCGGUAACCCUCAGCCACAGCGUCAGCCAGGAUGGAGCGCUGGACUCUCCUGACGCCGAAACUUAUAUCGAUUGUGAUGACCGCAACUCCGACUUGUACUCGAAUGCCGUGCACACCCGGCGGCAACGCGUUGACUCCUGGCACUCUGUCAAUUCGCGGAGGAGCGCCUUCUUCAGCACCCGCGGCUCGGAGUACCAUAGCGUGACCAGCGACAACUCAGAGAUGCGAUCCCCGAUCCACGUAUGUAUGCACGGCCCCGCCUCGCACCUGCCCUCGCUCAUGUCUCAACUGCCCUCGCAUUGGGUCAAAGAGGAAGGCGAGUUCAUCAUGGUACACGUCGCCUACGAGUCCUACAUCGGCGAAGACUUCCUAUUCGCCCCGCAAUCCCAGAUGUCAGAUGGCAUCAUGUGGAUGCUGAUCAUCAAAGCGGGCAUCUCCCGAUCCCAGCUCUUGUCGUUCCUCCUCAACGCCGAUCAAGGCCUCCACGCAGAACUCAAUACGGAGUACAUCAAAAUGGUUCCUGUCAGUGCGUUUAGGAUAGUUCCUGAGGGCACGGAGGGCAAGCUUACCGUAGACGGUGAGCUCGUUGAGUACGGCCCGAUACAGGCGGAAAUAUUUCCCAACAUAGUUAAUCUCAUAGUGCCGGACACGCAAUAACGUCCACAGUAUUAAUUCAAAUGUGAAGUAUUGACUGAUUUUAUUUAAUGGAAACAAAACCGAGCCGACGAAAGUGCAAUACAAAGGAAUAUAAUAAUAAUAUUGCCAUUAAAGGAAUUAUAAGUAAUGGUUGUGCCACAAUAAUAUCUAAAUAAAUUAGCUAAAUACCAAAAUUUGUUGUUGAAUUGGUGUAAGAUCAUUCCGUUAGAAUUGUAAUUUAAUAUUUCCAAUUUUAUUGUGAUGGGGAUAAGUUAAGUUUUGAUUGGUUUAUUUUGAUGUGAUAAUAUUAUUUUAAGUGAUUGAUACUUGAAUUCACUACGAUAGCUACUAGUCAAGCUUUGCAAACAAAAAGUGCCAAAUACUCGCACUAUAAAACAUAUACAUUUGAAAAUGUUGUAUUUUAAAGGAAUUGAUAAGAUUUACGUCGUAUAUGCUCAAAUUAGAGCAAUUUCCUACUUAAUGUAUUUGGCCUAUUUAAUUUAUUUUGCUUAGCUAGAAGCAACUAUACAUAUCUUAUGAAUUAUUUUACUGUUGCAUUUCGAUAUUUUAUUUAUUUAGGAUGUUAUCUUCGUUUUUUUAAACAAAAACGUCAGAACUGUAUUUUAUCUAUUAGUAUCAGAGUGAUUUUAAUGAUAUUGCAUGUGAACUUCGUCUUCGUAUUGCAUCAAGCAAACAAAAAUUAUGUAAUUUUUGUUUGAUGUGCGCAAAAAUAUAAUUACGUGUUGAUUCCCAAAUCUGAUGAUUCUUAUUACUUUCGCUGUCAAAGGCAGCAUAAGUACGAUAGUAAGAUUCGUUUGACUAGAUUUUAAAAUAAUUCUUCGAUACUAUUUUAUAUAAGUACCAUUUAAACUUUUUACAUAUCUAAAAGUUAGAUUUGCUGUCUAAUUAUUUUAGCGUUUUUAUUUUUGUAUAAUUAUAUUUUUAUUAUUAAAAACAAUGCAACCAUUUUUACAAAUAUAAUAAAUCUAUUGCUGUAAAUAUUUUACUUAUGAAUAAAAGUCUUAUUAAUUGGACUAGAUUAGAGGAUCAAUAUGACAACCAAACUUUAAUUAUUUCGUGUCCAAACCAUAGACAGAAAAAAAUAUUUUUUUGAAAUUAUUUUUCUAUUUCAUGGUCAUGGACUAGUAUGCAGUCCAUGACCUGAUAAAUCCUAUCAUUCCUAAUUAGUUUGUAUUUAGAUACAUUCCUAACAAAUAAUGUAGAUUCCUAUUGUUUCAUAUAUUAGUUAACUUAAAAUGUGUUUGGUAUAAAUAACUUUAUUACCUAAUGUAAUUUUAGUUCAUAAGUAUAUUGUUUGGGUUUGGGUCCUAACUACUUAGUACUUAUUUACCAAGCUUAUUUAUAACAAGAAUGAGUCCACAAGGGUGAUAUAAUAUCACCCUUGACAAUGCCUGCGCCGAAGGAGUAAGGCGUGUACUUUGUUCUUGCCAGUAUAUUUCAUAAAACAUUAUUGUCUGUUGUCAUAAAAAAAAUUAGUUGCUAUCAUUAUUUUUCAUACAGCAAAUACAUGGCAAAAUGUAUGUAAUUUUUGGCUUUGUUUCAGUUUCUUAUGAUUUCAUUACGGCGGCGGUUUGGAACAUGAAGACGAAAGCCAAUUUUUACCAAUUAAAUUAAGAAUAUUUAAUUUUGCAAAUUUUCUAUGAAAACAACCGUUCACAACGCAAACUAGGCUCAAUCUGUGUGUGUAUUGUAAAUAUGUUAUUAUCUAUCAACAUAGCUCGACCGCCAUGCUGUUGUAAAUUUCAAGAAUUUCCAUAGAGACAGUUAUUUCUCGAGUAUAUCAUAGUGUUAUCAAUGUACAAGUAUUUGCCAGAUAUAAAAUGUUAUUUUGUAUAUUUUAUUUGUAAACUUUCUGUGAUAACAAUAACUUUGCCAUAAUCAUUAGCAGUCCCGUAAAACAUAAUAACCCCAGUUGAUGCCUAAUUUAUGAUGUUAUGUAAUUUAUUUUGUGAUAGAUUUGUUUAAUAUGAAGAUAAUAUUGUAAAGGAUCUAUAAAGGACCUUUAGUCUGAAUUUGACUAUUGAUUGCUCGCGCCUCCGUCAAUAAGUUCAUUACAUAUCUUGUUUUUCAUAUACUAACGAUAGUGUUUUCGCUCUAUUUCACCAUCCUCGGGUUGAUAUUUCCACAAUUACUUUCUACGCUCUCACAUUAUGUAAAGAACAUCUCUCCUAAACUUACAAGUUGCUCCAGUCAGUUCAGUACCCAAUGUCAUUGUUUAGAUGUUCAAUGGACAAUACUAAAUAGGAAAAGGAACACCGAUCCAGGGACAGUAUAAGCUAUGCUCCUUACAACCGUCCUUAUCUAUAAUUCUCGGUUAUGAAUCUUAUGCACCUGGCAAUAAAGUUUAAUGUUGCUUGUAAAGCGGAUUUUUACUCUAAAACAUUCAAAAUUCGGGCUUCCCAAAUUCGUAACAAUACACUUACUGUGUAAUAACUAAGUCGAUAUCUAACGAUAUUAAAUAAGUCGAUAUCUAACGACAAUUAAUUUUUCCAACUAACAAUGCAGACAGAGUACCUACACAAAUAUGCUGUAUUGUAUUGAGUGCUUGUUUCUUAUAGCCGGGCUAGAUUAUAGUAAUUCUAUUGAAAAGCACAGUACAUAGAGCACAAUCUAUUUUCUUACAUACAGACUUAGGUCAGUAGUGUUUUUACAAAGAAAACAAGUUAGCUUUUAAUCAAAUUUUUAGAAAGAAUAGAUUUGCAUCUUUUUCGCACAUGCCAAUUUAUAAAGCAGCAUCCUUUAUAUUGUAGAUAUUUAAAAAAUAAAAGCGGUAUUACAAUACAAAGACGGAAAAUCACAAGGUAACCCCUUUACUUCGGUAACAUUUGUAAAUCAUUUUGUUGUGUUAGCCCCAUAAAUAGCAAAAUGUAUUUCUGCUCACUUAUGGCAUUUCAAUGCAAUGUCUAAAGCUUGCUGAAAGAUUUUGGUUGAGGUUUAUUUUCUUCUGUUGAAAUAUGGAAAUUGGCUAGAAUAAGUAUUUUAAAAUUAGUAGAACUGAUUUGACAGGUAUGUUCUUUCAAGGAGAAAGGUAGAUGAUAUAUAUGUCUAAUUUUAACUAUAUCAAUCAAUACCUAUUAUUUAUUUGCAUUUAUUUUUGGUACUUGGCCAAAUUACCAAUAUUUCAAAAUGAGUUAACUUUUAACUACACUGCCAUAACAGCAAAGCUACUCUAAAAGUUAUUAUGAGAAGUGGUCUUGUUUGGAAAGCACAGUCAAAUCUUGGCCAUAAAUUUUUAAUCUGUAUCUCCAUAUCUUGUAUCCUCUCUAUCAUUACAUAAUAUAUUAUUAGCCCAAUAUCAACAACAGAAUCAUAAUAAUUGGACUAAACAUAAAUAAAUAUACAAUGUUUUUGUUUCACUUUCAAAGAGAGGCUGCAUAAAGUAUGUGUGUCAUCAGUGCUGUUAGACACUAAAAUAAGUGAUUUGUUCUUCUGUUUCAAAAUUGUAUAAUAAUAACACAUGUAUAAGAUUAAAUGUACCAUGUUUGAAGCAUUGGUGGAGACAUAAUUAUAAUAUUUUGUUUGUAUUGAAUCACUUGCAUUGUUAUAAAUGAAAGUUUAUGAAAUGUUGUUAAUAAAUAAUUUACAUGAAAAA